GUUCGCGAAGAACAUAAUUUUAUAGCCACUGUCCUUGCAGAUCAGCUUUACUCGGCUGCUCAAUUCAUUUGCCACUAUGGGGCGAAGAUCUACCUUCACCACCAAGAGUGGGAAGUAUAUGAAUCCCACUGACCGUGCACGAAAGGAAGCCAGAAAAAAGGAGCUAAAGAAGAACAAAAAACAGAGAAAGAUGGUGAGAGAAACAGUAUUGAAAAUGAAAGAUCCAAAACAAAUUUUGGAGGAAAUAUUCAAGAUAGAUUUGUUAGAAUUAGAAUCAGCAUCCACACCUCUUCCUACUGAUAAAGCUUUAAAAGAAAAGAAGAAAAAAUUAAAAGAAACAUUGGACAGAGUCCUCAGUCUUUAUGAAAAACAAGAUAAAGAAAAGUUUGUCGAGAUAAAAAAGGUUCAAGCCGAUUAUGAACGUGAAAGACAAAAAAGUUAUUUCGCAUAUCAGUCAAAGAGAUUAAAAGAGGCAGAAGAAGAAGAGCAAAACAGAUUACUCACAGAUGUCUCGUCUAUACGUUUACCUGAGAUCCCUCUACCUCAGCCAGGCCCUAUUAAGCCUGCUGAUAUACCUUUACCUAUACCGGGAGCGCAACGAGGAAUGUUACCUCCAGGUCCACCGCCUGGAUUACCUAGCGGAUCACAUAUGCCUAUUAUUCCAGGAUUGCCCCCCGGCCUUGUUCCACCAGGACCCCCUCCUGGCUCGCCUCCACGUUUUGAUGAAGAUUUCGAGUUGCAGGAUGAUGAUGAUCAUGAUGAGAGUAGUGAUGAUGAUGAUGAUGACGAUGAUCUGUCAAGCAAUGACAGCAUUGAUGACGAAAGGGAUGCUGCACUUGAAAUGGCAUUCGACCCUGAUAAAGAUGAUACGCAUCCUGAAGGAAAACGGUCUAGGAACAAACGAUCAGUGCACUUUGCAACGGCAGAAGACGAGGACGUUGGAAACAGCAGCAGUAGCAGUCGGGCAAAAAGUGUUCAGCAAAAGCUACGCCAGCUCGCUAGCAAUGAUAACAUGCAGACAGAAGAUGAAAGACCCCGGGUUUCAGCUGGUCCAGGUGUGGACCUCUUUCCCCGGCCUCCAUUGGGUAACAUGCCUGGACGAGUUAUGCCGCCGGGACCCCCACCCGGAAGACCACCUGGCCCACCGCCUGGUGUUCCUCCUCCGCGACUUCCUCCUGGUAUGAUUCCUCCUCCGCAGCCUUUGAUGCCAGGAAUGCCUCCCCCAAUGGGCAUGCGUCCACCUCCCCCAGGCUUUAUUCCUCCUCCGAUGCCAUAUUCUGCUGUGCUUAGCAAACCUCCAGAAAUCAGCAAACAGUUGGAAGAAGGCGACGGAACGACAAUCAGCGCCAAACCUCAAAUUCGGAAUAUUCGUGCAGAAGUUACCAAACUUGUCCCAACUGCUCUGAGGGUAAGAAGAACGGAAAAAGUUCAAAAGCCAAAGAAAGCAUCAAUUAUGCAGAUGACUGCGUCAACAGAAGUAAGCGAGGGAGAACCCGCGGGAAAUGUUGCGGAAGAACCUACUAAAGACGAUGUAUAUUCUAUGUUUAUGAGAGAAAUGGAGGGCUUUCUAUGAGCACUUGCUAGAAAGCAACGCCUUAAGUGCAUCGUGCCGACCCUACGCCAGACCUGCUUGAUAGAUUGUUGUAUCGGAUACAUCGUUAACACUUUCAGCGCAAAUCUCUCGCAACCUCUGCUUUUCAUUCAUUUGGUUUCUGGGUUCUACAAAAGGUCUCUGACAUGUUUCUUCACCACAGAAGCUUUCUAUUUCCAAAGAGUUGUUUUUCUUGAAACUAUUUGAAUUUAGUCAACAUAUGUGUCUGUUUAUUACGAAAAAGCUUGACGAAUUUCUCUUUCAGAUGAAUUUUUGCCCUUUAGUUUGUGGUGCUUAUCUCACGCCUACUCCUUCAAACUGUCGCACCUCGCUACAUUUGUCUCAAAAAGCUUGUUUCUUUCAGCGAACAGACUAAUUAAUGCAGAAUAUAUAUCGUUUUAAGCAUUUUCUCACUGUAUCAGUUAAUCGUAUCAUAUUUGCUUGUCGCACAUUUUGCUUUCACAGUUGUAAUUACGCUUGUGUCCAAUCGAAAUCAAGCUCUGAUUUUAA